AUGGUUGAACUUAACUCACCUGUUAUCCUUUUCCGCCUCACCUGCUAUCCUCUUCCGCCUCACCUGAUAUCCUCUUCCGCCUCACCUGCUAUCCUCAUCCGCCUCACCUGCUAUUCUCUUCAGACUCACCUGCUACCCUCUUCCGCCUCACCUGCUAUCCUCUUCAGACUCACCUGCUACCCUCUUCCGCCUCACCUGCUAUCCUCUUCCGCCUCACCUGCUAUCCUCUUCAUACUCACUUGCUUACCUCUUCCGCCUCACCUGCUAUCCUCUUCAGACUCACCUGCUAUCCUCUUCCGCCUCACCUGCUAUCCUCUCCAUACUCACCUGCUAUCCUCUUCUGCCUCACCUGCUAUCCUCUUCCGGCUCACCUGCUAUCCUCUUCCUUUUUCUUUCCUCAAGUUUUUCUUUUUUUCUCAUCCCCGUUUUUCUAUCCUCUCUCUCUCUCUCUCUCUCUCUCUCUCUCUCUCUCUAUCUAUCUAUCUAUCUAUCUAUCUCUGUCUCUAUGUCUAUCUCUUCUUCUCUCUAUCUCUCGCUCUCUGUGUCUCUUUUUGUCUCUAUUUAUUUCCUCUCUCUUUCUGUAUCUCCUUCUCCCACUCUCUAUCUCUUUCUUUCUCUCACUCUCUAUUUCUCUGUCUCUUUCUCUAUCUCUAUUUCUCUCUAUUUUUCUAUUUCUUUCUCUCUCCCUCUCUCUCUCUCUCUCUCUCUCUCUCUCUCUCUCUUUCUCUUUUAUAUUUUUUCUUUCUUUCUUUUCUUUCCUUUACAUUUUUAGUCUUUCUCUUUUUUCCAUUCAUCGCCAAAUUUCUUCCUUCUUUCUUUUUUUUUAUUCAUUUUCUUUUUAUUAUUUUAUAUUUUCUCUUUUUCCUUCCUUCUCUUUUCUUUUGA